AUGAAGCACCUAGUGAUGAUCGGUGCGUGCUACCUUGACACUAUUCUCAGCGUCCCUUAUUACCCCGAAGAGGACGCCAAACUACGCGCCACAAGACUUACGGUCCGGCGAGGUGGAAACGGCGGCAACUCACUCGAGGUGCUGCAGCAAUUCCUGCCGACGCCAGCGGAUGUCGCCCUACAUCUCGUCGCAACGCUUCCGAACCGCCACUCAUCAGCCACUGCGAAGGUGAUCUCAUCAUUCGGACCAGGCUCACCGAUCGAUCUGAGCCACUGUAUCUACCGAAAUGACCAGACGGAGGCGGCUAGCUGUUGGAUCAUGUCUAGUCAGGCGACGGGUACCCGGACUGUUGUGAGUCACAACAGCCUCGACGAAAUGACAAUAGCAGAGUUCGUCGACGUAGCAGACGCGUUCCGCAACGAAGAUGCCGCAGACAUGUGGUGGCAUUUUGAGGGUCGCAUCCCAGAAACGAGUCUUCAGUGUAUCCGACACCUGCGCCUUUGUUACCCACGGUCUCGCAUCAGCGUCGAGAUCGAGAAGCCUGCGAGGCAAGGCUUGCGGGCCCUAGCUGCCGAGGCUGACGUUGUGUUUUAUUCCAAGAGCUGGGCUGAGAGCGAGGGAUAUCCAAGCGCCGAGGCUUGUCUGGUAGGCGAAGGGAUGCAGACACUUGGGGCGACACUUCUUUGUUGUACUUGGGGCGCCAAAGGAGCCACCGCCAAAUCGUCUGCGUCUCAGCAAUUCUUCAACGCCACGCCAGAAUCCAGUGCAACCAUCCAAAUUGUCGACGCUAUAGGUGCCGGGGACACGUUCGUGGCGGGGGUCCUGUAUGGUCUGCUUUGCCGAAGGGGCGACUGGACCGAUCAAGAGAUAAUCAGAUUUGCCGUAAAGCUUGCUACAACCAAGGUCCAACAGGACGGUUUCGAAGGAUUGGCGCACAAAAUGUCGUCUGCAGAGUGAUCGGGGUUGGGUUUGAGUCAGGAUAGCCGGUCGUGGUGGAAGGAGCCGGAGGCAGCUGGAUCAGUCGUGUGAUUGCAUGAAAAGCGGAGGGCUGGAGUUGCUGAAUACCUAGGUAGGAAGCCAAGUAUGUGGUGGGCUUUUGCUCUCGAUCCCGCAGUCGGACAGAGUGGUUUGAUUACAGCAAGCCUGUCCCCCGGGGGAUCAUUGGAGCACAAAGCCCGCUCAGGAGGCUUGCGUCACAGCGUCCAGCUACCUGGAUAAAUCUCGGCCCAAAAUGACCGGUGCCUAGAAGCCUGCUGCUGGAUCGUCAGCAAACGGUCCCAAGUCAUCCCUCGGGAUGUCACAUCACGGGGAUCUCAACAGAAGUCCGGCUAACAAGGACCAACACGCAACCACGGGAACAAGCGGUGUACCGUUGUUUGUGAAUUCCUGGCUAGGCGCCUGGAUGGGAGUUGAUCCGAACAAUGGGUGGCAACCGACCCCUCCCAAGGUGGCUUCUUGUGGUUCCCCGCUGAGUGCCCUCGAAACUCCUUGUAUCCCGGAAAUAGCGUUCAAAUCUAAGGAGCCAUGCCCCUCACCUCGUGAGGACUUCCGCCCGUUUCGAUGACGCUGCAGAAAGGGGGUAUGAUAGAUUAAAAAUGUGCCUCACUACCCUGCCGUUGCAGCCAGCCUGCGGCGCGACAUGGCAACCUGAUGCGGGUCAGGGGCGAGUCGCCGCGAGUGGUGCUCAAGGCGUUUCUGGCCUCGGAUUGGACAGCCACAACAGAACACUGGCGAUCUUCCUGCUUCCGUGGGUCAAAACAUCACGCAGCCACCGCGAUCCCGAUGUCUAAAAGGCCGCUGCAACGCUGCAACGCUGCAGCGCUUCGACGAGGCGCAGGAUGAGCAGACGAGAAUGCUGGCACUGGUCCCUGCGGCACGCACGCACUAGAAUCUGAUCGCAAACUCACGGGCUUUCAUUUGGCCAAGGAACCAGCCUGCCAAGUUCGUUCCAUUACCGGCGUUGCUGCCCUGUAGGUAGAUGGAGCCCGGCACCGAACAUAGUACGGUUUUCUUCAUCAGGCUGCCCUCACAGUAUGUCGCACUUGACGACAUCGGUCAACUGUCGUGUCAUGCUGGAAUGUUGAGCGUCGUUUCGAGUGCGAGCUAGGGUCAGUCAGCUUGGGAUUCAGUCCUCGAGUCCUCGCGGCGAAGCAUCCUUUCUGGGCAGUCUUCGAAUCACGCACGCAUCCAGGACUUGGCGUUGACGAAGGAUUCAAGGUUGAUUAAGGCGGAGAAAGGUUGUGAAAUGCGCCAUCUGCA